AUGGCUUCGAGGUCGAGGAAGAUAAUGGAACUGAUAAAUUUGCAAUUAGUUUCGCCUGCUGAUCUUUCUACCAAUGAAGACGAAGUUCCAAUUCAAGGUAGACCAUCUGAUCACAACAAAAUGUCCAUGGACUUAGGUCAAGAUUCUGCGGCUAAUGUUGUGAUAUUAUCAGAUAUCACUAAUAAUCCUGAAAACAAGUCUUACUUGAAUGUUAAGACCUUUUUUGAAUCCGACGAAAUCGCUCAUCAAAAAUGUGCUAGUCGAAAAAGAGACAAUGUAAAUUACAAUGUCUCACCUUUAAACUCGGAUGAAUCGGACGUAGAUGUUAGUGACCAAGAUCCAACGUAUGACCAUCAAAUAAAAAAAAAGAAACUGAUACCAGUAUACCCCGUGUUGCGGCGGUUAUCGUCAUCUAGUUCUAGCAGCUCAUCGUCAUCUGGUUCUAGCAGCUCUUCAUCGUCAGAGUCAUUAUCUCCUUCCGUAAAUUCGAAUCAUGAGCCAGAAAAUUUUAUACCCACUUAUCAAGACUUUAAUACUUUUAACAAUCCGGACACUACAGCUAAUGAACAAUCAAUUGAGGCACAGGGAACAAGUUCAAUUGAAGAGAUGGCAGUAGGCCAAAGUAACAUUGAAGAAGAUAUGGAGAUUCCCAAGAAGAAAGGUAGGAAGCGCACUAGUAUUCCUAAAAAUUGGAGACAAAACAUAAAUAGAGUACUAAGAAAUACUGGCCAUUCUUAUGUAUCUAAGGAAAAAAAAAUCAUUCCACCUCGUGAAGUGAAGCAACCUUGCACAGAUCGUUGCAGACUUAAAUGUUCUGAAAAGUUUACAUCCGUUCAGAGAUGA